UGCCCGGAAGCGGCGGGGGGCGAUGGCGGCGCGGGGGCGGUGAGCGGCAGCAUGGCCGAGCUGGCGGAGGGGCCGCCCGGGGGCCGCACGCCCAGCCCGGGCCCCGGGGGAGCGCCGGGGCCGCCCAGUCCCCGCGCGGCUGGGGCGGCGGCCGGCGGGGCUCUGUCCCCUCCCGGUGGGGCCCGGCCGCCCGCCGCCGCUUCCAAGUGGGUGCGCCUGAACGUGGGCGGCACGUACUUCGUAAGCACCCGGCAGACGCUGUGCCGGGAGCCCAAGUCCUUCCUGUGCCGCCUCUGCUGCCAAGACGGGCCCGAGCUCGGCUCCGACAAGGAUGAGACAGGGGCCUAUCUCAUCGACAGAGACCCCACCUACUUUGGUCCAAUCCUGAACUACCUCCGACACGGGAAGCUGAUCAUCAACAAGGAGCUUGCAGAAGAAGGGGUACUGGAAGAAGCAGAGUUUUACAACAUCGCGUCUCUGGUGCGGCUGGUGAAGGAGCGGAUCCGGGACAACGAGAACAGAACCUCUCAAGGACCUGUGAAGCACGUGUACAGAGUCCUGCAGUGCCAAGAGGAGGAGCUCACACAGAUGGUGUCCACCAUGUCCGACGGGUGGAAAUUUGAACAGCUGAUCAGCAUUGGAUCUUCCUAUAACUAUGGCAACGAAGACCAGGCAGAAUUCCUCUGUGUGGUGUCCAGGGAGCUCAACAAUUCCACCAAUGGCAUCGUCAAGGAGCCCAGUGAGAAGGCCAAGAUUCUCCAGGAGCGAGGAUCCCGGAUGUAACUCCCCUGUGCACUCCACAAAAAAACUCCUGGAUGUCCACAGGGCUGUCCAGCUGGGCAGAGCAUCUCUCCACAGCACAACCUGGCCCUUGUACAGUAACCAAGCUCAUGCAAAGCAAAGCCCAGCCUGUCCUGCCAAUGGUGAAUAAGUCUGGUCAUAACCAAAGGCUUCCCUCUCAACCUGGAAACCAAGGAAGGAAACGACCCUUCCAGUUGGACAGUCCUUUCCACAAGUAUUUGUUUUAUUCUCCUGGCCAGUGCUGUAUUGAAUUUUUCCAGUAAUGCCUGAGCUGGGCUCCCCAUGGGAGCCUUUGUGAAGGUUGCUCAGGUCCAGAGGCCCCUGUGAUCAGUCCCACCUUCCUAAGGCUGGUGUGGGUGGGAAGAUCUGCAUUGGAGCUGGGCCAUGUCUCACACCCAGCUCUGCUACCAGAACAGCCCAGGGGGGGUCUUGCCAUGCUCCCCCCUCCUGAUCAGCCAGCCCCCCAGAUCAGACCCACAGGGCUUUAAAAAAAGGAACAAAACAACCACUCAAGAAAAAAAAAAAACCAAACUUUUUUCCAUCCUUGCUUUGCAUUUGUUCCUUGUUCAGGUCCUGAGAGCUGAGUUGAGCAGCUGAGGGAGAGGAGCUGUGUGUGCCCCUGGCAGGGGCUCCUGGCACCUUCCAACACCCAUAACUCUGCAUGCUUAGAGAGACUUGCACCCACCCAGACUAGCAACAGAGAGAUCCUUCUGUCCUUCACACUCCUCUGCUGAGGAAGAGUGGUGACAUCUUCCCCUCCAGUCCCCUGCCAUGGCUUAGCCUGGUGCUAAGCCACGAGGUCAGGGACUUGUUGCUGCCAAGUUCAGCUUUGCCUUGUUUGUCUGCAGCAGUGAGGGCUCCAUCUCCUUCCUUCUCACCAAGGGGGAGACCUGAGGAAGAAUUUCUUUUGUACUGUAGCAAGCAGGUAGGUUUGUUUUCACCCCUGAGAUCCACUGUGGAGGAGAUCCCCCCAUUUACACACCAGGAUGUCUCUGCAGCCCCCUCAUGUCCCCACCUUUCAGAAUCCACCUCAAAUUACAGAGGGGAAUCACAGAGUUGGGGUGGGGGGGAGGGUUGGUGAAAAGUUGCCAAACUUGUAACGAUGUUUCUUGUCCAAAGUGAUGUGUUGACUUCUGUGACCUUUUAUUUUGUUCUGGAAUGCCUUGGAUGGAUGUGCAAAAUGCUCGUUUGUGCCUCUCUUGAAUUCUAACCUCAGCCAAACUGCAGUCACUGGUUCCCCUCUGUCAAUCUGUGCCAUCCCUCACCAAGGGCAUGUCCCCUCUAGCCUGGUAAAUGGAAUUUCUUAGGAAUUUGCUGCAUGUUUUUUUCCCCUCUUAAAUCCUGGCCUUGUUCUUUGUAGCCCAAGUGUCCGGGCACUUGGAUCUUUUCGAGUUAAGUCCCAAACUGACAUGAAACCCAGAGCUUCAGAGACACUGGAACUCACAGACCUUGACAAGCUCAGAGCAGAUGUUUCUCCAGAAGGUAUCAGAGAAUUCUGCACCUGGCCUGAGGAGCUGGGCUCCUUCCUGAAAGCAUUCAGCUACCUGUGGUCUCCUGAAGGUUUUGAGGUAGAACUAGGCAGGUUUCCCAUGGUAUCACCUGCUGCUGACAGGGCCUUGCAGGAGCAGAACGUGGCCAGUGGUCCAGCAGGCAGUUCAGCAAAGGAGACCUGCAGCAAAGACACCGCGGGCACCGCUCGCUCUGCCUCUUCACUCCUUCUGUAGGUCCUCUUGCCUGUCCUCUCCCAUCUUGCUUUGCCAACGUACCUCCUCUGGUGGAGGCUUUGCCUCAUUUUCAAGACAGACUGGUUAAUUAUCUGUGCUAGUUGAAUCCUGGUAACAACAGACCGUGCCAAAUGCCUUUGAGUUGCCGUUGUCAGUUGCAGGCUGCUGAAGCACAGCUGGCUUGAAGAACCCAGCGCUUCUUCUGCCCUCCAUCUUCCCUGUUUGUAACCUGGUGAGAUGGUCCUGGUGUGAUUAGAUUGUACACCUUGGCUGGGCCUGAACAACACUGUGAUGUGUAUAGAUCUCUCUCCUCUGUCAGUGUCCUGUAGCCUCAGGCAUCAUCCACCUGUGCUCACAGCUAAGGAUCCUCAGUGCGUGUGCGAGUCAAGCUGCCUGAAGAGCCCUUGAACACUCUCAUCUGUCUUCUUUCCUUCCUCAGAGGAGGGAGUUUCUGGGAGCUGGUCAAGAAGUAUCAAACUAAAGGCAACGGGAACUGGUCGAGCUGCUUUUGUCACAUUGGUGCCAGCCAAGCACCUUGCUGUUCAAAGCAUGGAGCUCACCCCAACACUGGUUGCACAGGGAGACCUGCCCAGUACAGCUCAAGCAGACAGAAACAAUACCUCAUUGCUUUUCUUUGUCACCAAAAAUGCAGUAUGUGGCCAAGCCCACCAGAGGAUUGCCUGAUGCUAGAGUGAUGCCACCACUUCCACAGAGAGCCUGCAAAUCACCCUUCCCAGUUGAGUGGAACAGCUCUUUAACUCACGUGCACAGGAAAGGCCAAAGCUGCAUCUUGGAUUUCCCUUCUGCAGUGACAACGUGCCAGAGGGCUGAAGACUCUUGGGGUUUGAUUGCAAGGUCUUUAAGUUCAACAGAAGAAGUUUAUGGUAGAAGACCAGUCAUGGUACUGGACACUGAAGUUCUUGGGUGAUACUUAGGACCAGGUGUGCAGUCCAUCCAGAGCAGGUACGUUCCCCAGUGGAGGAUUUCUCCUUUCCUGACCAUUCUGGGUCAUCUUUACCCUAAGACCAAGGCUGGUCUCAGCAUUAUGCAGCAGUUGCAUCCCCUUCUGUGCUCAAGACAAGGCUUCUCCUUCCAUUGCCUUUCCCUCAGUCACAACUGCAUCCAAACUAGCACUUCAUCAGCCUGACAUUUGUCCCGUUCACUCUAAAAAAGGUAGCAGCAGGGAGGUAGAUGAGCAGGGGUAGAUCUAGAUACCCAAGGGUGUUUGUGCCUCUUGGCAAGGUUCACUUUGAAGUAUUAAUCCUGGGGAUGAAGAGUAGGACACUCUGGUUGGUUUUGUUUGUUGUUUGUUUGUUUUUAAAACUUCCCCAGCCGCCUAAAUUGUUCCAUUAUGGCAAGACUGGAAAGAACCUCUUCAAAGUGUCUUUGUCUCUGCACAUUUUUAGAACUCGAUUUCUCUCAGGGGUAACUGAGUGGGCUGAGGCAGAGGGGACGUGGUGGCCAUGGGGUGGAGCAGCCCCCCAGGCCUGCAGCUGGGCCAUGGGCUCCUCCCCUGGGCUUUGCCUGCAAACCUGGAGGUUUUGUACAGUUUGUCACGUGUCAGUGCCCUUUGCUACUGUUUCUCUUUGGUUAUUAAAUGUGUUUGAAUAACAGUUGA